AUGUUAAGAAGCACUUUAUCUAACUGGAGAGAAUACUUAACGCCAGUUUCGCACCAAUCAACCUUUGAGAACACAGGGGAAAUUACUCCAGAUGAAUUUAUUAGAGCCGGGGAUUAUUUAUGCCACAUGUUUCCUACAUGGCAGUGGAACGAUCGGCAACCCGGGAUAGCUUACAGGGACUUUUUACCGAAGAAUAAGCAGUAUCUAGUUACUAGGAAGGUCCCUAGUAAUGUCAGGGCAGCGGAAUAUGUAUCUGUAGAGGGGACCGACAAGGCUGGAGAGGACUCUUAUUGGGUUAUGGAGUCUACCAGGCCGAUCGAGGCCGGAAACGGUGAAGGGAAGGCAGAAAAUAAAGGGAAGAGCAGCGUUGACAUUGAUGAGUUGCUGCAGGAAAUGGAUAUUGAAGGUACUGACGAUGCUGAGAACGAUGUUGUGAGCCUUGGACAAAAAUAUACCCGGUACUACGAUCUAUAUAUAGCCUAUUCCACUUCCUACAGAGUUCCCAAGAUGUAUCUGGUUGGUUUUAAUAGUGAUGGGACACCCCUCACACCUCAAGAAAUGUUUCAAGAUAUUGCUCCUGAUUACCGUACCAAAACUGCAACAAUUGAAAAGCUCCCAUUUUUCAAGGCGUCUACUGUUUCCGUUUCUAUCCAUCCAUGUAAGCACGCGAACGUGAUGAAAGUGUUGAUGGAUAAGAUCAGAACAGUAAAGCAGCGUCAGCAAGACCAAAAUUGUCGCCGUGAAAAAGCUAGUAAUUCUGACAGUGACGAAGAGUGGGAGGACUUGCAACAGGAUGUUGACAACGGAUUACGUGUCGACCAAUAUAUGGUGGUAUUUCUAAAAUUUAUUACAAGUGUGACGCCAGGCAUCGAACACGACUAUACAAUGGAUGGAUGGUGA